AUGCUAAUGCCCCUGAAAGAUGUGACCAGAUCAAGAACUCUGCUUUCCUCAAUUCUCACACUCUAUCACCCUCUAGUUGUUCCUAUUACUACUUCUCUGUCUUGUACUUGCUCUUAUUCUUCUUCUUCUUCCUCCUCCUCUGGUUCUGAGAGCCCAUCCAGUUUCCGGCCAUUCUACAAUAUCGUUGAGGAUCGCCCAGUGGACAUAGCGGCUUCCUUCAAGAAUUGGUUUAAGAGUGGGAAUAAUGAGGUGCUGGCCAGAAUCUACGAAAUCCUGGAUGGCUGGGGUGGAAAUGGAGACGGCGAGGAUUUGACCCUUCACGCCACCGACUUGGCUCUUAAACAGUUGGGUCUUCGGCUGUCGGAAAGCUUUGUCUUGGAUGCUCUUGCCUAUGGCAGGGACGUUUUGUCUUGCCUCAAGUUCUUCGAUUGGGCUGGACGUCAACCCGGGUUCUUCCAUACCCGGGCCACGUAUACUGCCAUUUUCAAGAUUCUCUCGAAGGCUGAACUUAUGUCAGUCAUGUUCGAUUUCCUUAAAAUGCAUGAGAAGGCAAGGUUCAAUCAGAGAGUGAGAUUUUAUGAUACUUUGAUCAUAGGUUAUGCUGUUGCACGGAAACCAGAAAGAGCCCUUAAUCUGUUUGGUAGAAUGCGGUUCCUAGGACUGGACUUAGAUGAUUUUGGUUAUCACGUCUUGUUGAACUCCUUAGCGGAGAAUAAUUCUUUGGGUGGGUUUGAAACUAUUUUGGAGCAGAUUCGACUGAGAGGUCAUGAGAAUCAUGUUACACAUUCCGUAGUAAUGAAAUACUACUGUAUUCGGAAGCGGUUAUGUGAGGCGGAAGAAUAUCUUAACUCGCUGGUGCAUAGUGGGAAAGUUUUGCAUGGGCCUGAAGUGAGCGUCCUUCUUCGUGCAUUGUGCGAGAAUAACAUGUUUGAGCGUGCUGGAGAAUUGAUUGUGGAAUUUGGGAACUCAGGGUUGGUUCCGCAUGAAAUUGCUCUUGUUGAGUGGAUACGUUAUCUUGUUCGGGCUGGAAGAUCGGACGAGGCGCUGGCAUAUUUCCGGGAUAAGCAAUCUUCAGAAGGUUAUAUUCCUGGCUUGUUCCAGUACAACAUUUUAAUAGGCAGGCUCUUGAAGAAGAAGCAGCUUCAUGAGGUGUAUGAUUUGCUGAUGGAAAUGAAAGACAAUCACAUUACUCCGGAUAUGGUUACCAUGAACAUUGUUAUUUGCUUCUUUUGCAAAGCAGGAAUGGUAGAUGUUGCACUUGAAUUAUACAACUCAAGAUCUCAGUUUGGACUCUCUCCAAGUCUUAUGGCUUACAAAAGUUUGAUUCAUACUUUAUGUCUGAAUGGUAGUGCUGCUGAAGCAUAUGGUGUUUUCAAAAAAUUAAUUGAUGAAGGUUAUUUUCUUGAUAGAGGAAUCUUUUAUGAAGUUGCCAAUGCAUUAUUUAGAGAGAGCAAGGUUGAUAAGAUGGAGGAGUUGCUCAUUCUUGCCUUGGAGAGGAAUUUUUUGCCUCGUGCUGCGAUAUAUGACAAAUUGAUAGAAGCUCUAUGCCAGGCAGGACGUUUGCGAGAUAGUUAUCUAAUUCAUGGGGAACUGAACAACAUAGCUUCUCAAAAGUCUUACAUUAGAUUGAUUACUGGUUUCUCCAAGUCAAAUAGGGGAGAUAUUGCUGCUCAGCUUCUUGUUGAAAUGCGACAGAAAGGUUUUGUCCCAACAGAUGCACUAUAUAGAGUUGUUAUUCGUUCUUUGCUUAAAGGGGAUAAUCCAAAAGCUCAUUUUCUUGGUUUAUUAGAGACAUUGGCCCGCUAUGGAGCACUAAAAGAGAUUAGUCGCCUUUUUGUUGAUGAAGCUGCCGUGGCCAAGAAGCCUGAGCUGGUCAAGGGAGUAUUUGAGAUUAAGCAACGAUGUGGCAUUAACCUGACUUUGGCCUCUUAUAUUUAUAUUUUACGGAGUUAUUUACGAAGUGAAAGAAUUAUGGAUGCUUUAAAUUUCUUUAAUGACAUGAGGCAACGUGGUAUCAAGAAUAGAAGAUUAUAUAAUAGCAUUAUUACUGGUCUCUGCCGGGUCAAGAGGACAGACUUGGCACUUAAGUUAUUGUCAGAAAUGAUGAAUGAUAAAUUAACUCCAAAUAUUGGUUGCUAUGAAAAUCUUGUUCAGAGUCUUUGCUUGGAGAAAAGAUACCCUGAAGCUAUAAAUCUUGUUAAUGACUAUGAGAAAAUGGGACGUUGCUUAACCUCUUUUAUGGGUAAUGCAUUUCUGUUGCAUUCUUUGCGAGCACCUGAAAUCUAUGAUAUUUGUGUUCGCUUGAGAGGAGUCAGAGAGGAGGAAUUUUCUGGCAGCUCAAUGCUUAGCCUGAUAAUUGGUGUAUUUUCCGGUCGUCUUAGAGUAAACCUCCAUUCUGAGAACUUGGAAGAACUGAUAGAGAAGUGCUUUCCGCCUGACAAAUACACCUACAAUCUGUUGUUGCUAAGAGCUAGCUGGAGUGAGAUUGACCAAGCCUGUGAGUUGUUUGAUCGGAUGUGUCGAAAGGGUUAUUAUCCUGAUCGGUUCACUUAUAACAUCAUGUUACGUGCUUUCUUAAAGCAUGGGAGAAAAGAAGAGGCUAAGCUGUGCUUUGAAGAAAUGCUCAGAAAUGGAUUUCAUCCAGCAGUGGAUGCUAGAAAACUUUAUCGUGAGGAGUAUCAAUUAGAGUGA